AUGGCCGACUCAAGCGCAAAAUCACCGUCCGACGAGGAGGUUUCGACUUUCCCUGAGAAAAGGGUUUGGCAUCGCAGCACACUUUUCAAUGCCUUCAUCAUCGGAGGCGUUGGAUUCCUGGCUCCUGGGCUGUGGAAUGCAAUGAACUCCCUUGGAGCAGGCGGUGCUGAAUCACCGUACCUGAUCAACGCGGCCAAUGCCUUAGUUUUCGGACUGAUGGGCUUUUUGUGCGUCUUUGGUGGUCCAAUUGCCAACCGUAUUGGAAUGAACCGGACCCUGCUGUUGGGUGCAGCUGGCUAUCCGAUAUACUCGGCUGCACUGUAUACGAACAAUCGUUAUGGCAAUGAAUGGUUUGUGUUGCUGGGAGCAGUGGCCUGUGGAUUAUCGGCCGGUUUAUUCUGGGCCUCCGAGGGUGCGGUGGCACUUGGGUAUCCUGAGCCAGCAAAGCGAGGCCAAUAUAUGAAUAUCUGGCUUUGGUUUCGGACGGGCGGGCCUUUACUCGGAAGUGCUAUUGUCCUUGGAUUGAACCACUCUUCCGCUGCCAAGAAAAAGGGCAAAGUCGGAUCCGAGACCUAUCUCAUUUUUGUCGCAUUGCAAUGUCUGGCGGUCCCACUAGCAUACUUCCUCACACGCCCGGAGAAGGUCCAGCGUAGUGACGGAAGCAAAGUCAAGGUUAUUGCACAGGAUUCUUGGAAAGCAGAAUUUGUUGAGCUUUGGCGAGUUUCUGCUCGUAAGGAGAUUCUGUUAUUACUGCCCGUGUUCUGGGCGGCUUACUUCAAUCAGUAUAAUGGGAACUUUGAGACGUAUUAUUUCGGAGUUCGCGCCCGAGCUUUGAUUGGACUUGUUGCUUAUCUCGCUGCUCUUCUUUCGUCAUGGCUUGUCAGUCGCUUCCUGGACUAUAAAGGUCUAAGCGUGAAACUUCGCAUCACAUACAGCUUCUUCUACGUCAUUGCUCUCCAUAUCCUUGCCUGGGUCUAUGGCUGGGUAGUUCAGGAGCAGUAUACGGCCAACCCUCCGUCCUACGACUGGUCUGACAAAGGCUUUGCUAAAGGAAUGUUUGUUAUCAUUCUCUGGCAAUUCUCUCAGCAAGCUCUGCAAAACUGGCUCUAUUAUCUUCUUUCAACUAUGACCGACAACAUUUCUGAACUUUCUCGUUUAUCAGGUGUCCUGCGUGGCCAAGAAAGUUUCGCCCAGGCAGUUUCAUAUGGCCUCAACACUCGGGAGUGGUAUGGUGGUCGAGUUCCUCUGGCGGUAAACACAAUUCUGCUUGGCCUUGCCGUACUGCCUACGUGGCUUGUUGUGAGGAAUCAUACACCUGUCGAGCAUGUCAAGAGUGAGGACACUUGGAAUUCAACUCAAGAUGAGGAGCAACCACUCCCUCAGAAAAGUGACAAGGAGAUUGCCAAGGCCAGUUUAGUGGUCGAUGCAAAUGAGGUCACCAAGUAA